AUGGCUACCAAGAGCGUUGCCGCAGCGAGCCAUGAUGAAUUUCAUCGCCAAAGCCUCUUCGAUUUGAAGGGCCGUGUCGCUCUUGUGACGGGCGGAGGAACUGGAAUCGGCCUCAUGGCGACGCAAGCUCUUGCCGUCAACGGUGCUAAGGUAUACAUCACCGGUCGAACCGCCGAGAAGCUCGACAAUGUGGUCAAAACUUACGGCCAGGACAUUGACGGCGAGAUCAUCCCGAUCACAGCCGACGUCACAUCAAAAGAGUCAAUCGCCAAGCUGGUCAAGGAGAUCGAGUCUCGCGAGAAGUGCCUGUGCGUCUUGAUCAACAAUGCCGGCAUCAGCAGCGCCAGCCUCACCACCGAGUCUGACUCGGCCACUGAGAUGAAGCAAAAUCUGUUCGAUACCGACAAGGCAACGUUUGACGACUGGGUUGACCCCUAUAGGACCAACGUCGCCUCCAUCUUCUUCACCACUGCCGCUUUUCUCCCUCUCUUGCAAAAGUCUUCCGAGCUUCACAAGGGCUGGUCUGGCACAGUCAUAAAUAUCAGCUCAAUCAGCGGCAUGGUCAAGUCAGCCCAGCACCACUUUGCAUACAACGCCAGCAAAGGCGCCGCCAUCCACGUCACGAGAUUGCUGGCUGCCGAGAUCGCCGCCAACGGGCACAAGAUCCGGGUUAACUCCAUUGCACCGGGCGUGUUCCCAUCUGAGAUGACUGCCGGAGAAAGCGACGAGUAUCAGAAGAGCCAUAUCCCCAAGGAGAAGUACGCCGAGAAGGUCCCCGCCGCACGACCAGGACGAGACGAGGAUAUGGCCCAGGCGGUGCUCUUCUGUGUUGCAAAUCAAUAUUUGAACGGGCAGACCUUUGCUGUCGACGGCGGCUAUACAUUGGCUGCAGGUCUUUAA